CAGGUUUCGCGCGUUACGUUCUUCACUCAUCGAGACCAGAGUUAAAAGAACGUUCUCCGAAAACAGCGACAAACAUAUAUAUACAGAUUCAUAUAUAGAUAUAGAUAUAGAGAGAGAAAGUUUGAGAGAGAAGCACAGGGCGAAGAAGAAGAAGAAGAAUAAGAGAAGGUAUAACCUGGCUUGGAGAAGAAUUUUUCAGGGACCGUCUUGAUCCAUACCCUAGCCGUUUGAACCUUCUGAGUCGGACCAUUGGAUCUUUCGAAUCUUGUCGAUCGACGGUUCGUGUUGUUUCUUGAAUCGUCGUCUCGCUCUCUCUCACUCUCUCUGUGUAGUUUUCUCAGAUCUCGCAGUCUGAUUGUCCUCUCCUGCUUCCUCCGCAUCAUUUGACGGUUCUCCAAGUGUUGUGUUGUGUUGUGAUCGAACUACAUCUUUUUUUCAGUCUCCAUUAGUGUGCUAUUUUGUUUAUUUGUUUUCAGAUAUAUGGGGGCUGUUUAGAUUCAAUUUGUUGAUUAAUGAUUGUUUGGGUUUUGUACUUUUCACUUGUUCAAUCACAGUCGGCUUCUGAGCUUGGCGUCUGCUCGAGAGAGAGGAAGAAGCUCUCUUCUGCCGCCAUCUCUGUUGCCGCCUGUGAUUGUUGUUGGUCUUUUUCUUCCUUUCAUGUCUCGUAACUUGGACAGCCCUGUUCAGACUCAGAUGGCUGUGGCAAUGUUCAACAGCCCGCUUAGCGGGGAGUAUCACGGAAACAAGAGUAUGGAUGGAAAGCAAACUGGGAGGAGACGUGUUUUUGUGCAAACUGAAACUGGUUGUGUAUUGGGGAUGGAGCUCGAUCGGAGAGAUAAUGCACAUACGGUGAAAAGGAGGUUGCAGCUUGCUCUUAAUGUUCCAACUGAGGAGAGCUCACUGACAUUUGGUGAUAUGGUUUUGAAAAAUGACCUUAGUGCCAUUCGAAAUGAUUCCCCUCUUCUUCUAACAAGGAACUUAUUGCACAGAAGCUCGUCAACUCCCUGUCUUUCACCUACUGGAAGGGAUAUCCAGCAGAGAGAUCGUAGUGGUCCUAUUGAGAUAUUAGGGAACUCAAAAUGCUUUGCUAGAGUUAAACAGCUUGUCAAGGAUAUUGUCAAGGCAAUGAAGAUUGGGGUUGAUCCUAUUCCUGUUCAUAGUGGGCUUGGAGGUGCAUAUUAUUUUAGAAAUAGUAGAGGUGAAAGUGUUGCAAUUGUGAAGCCAACGGAUGAAGAACCUUUUGCACCAAACAAUCCAAAAGGCUUUGUGGGUAAGGCUCUUGGGCAACCAGGUCUGAAAUGUUCUGUGAGGGUUGGGGAAACGGGAUUCAGAGAAGUUGCAGCUUAUCUUCUUGACUAUGAUCAUUUUGCUAAUGUACCUCCAACUGCACUGGUGAAGAUUACUCACUCAAUCUUCAAUGUCAAUGAUGGGGUAAAUGGAAACAAGCCUCCUAAUAAAAGGCUGGUUAGCAAGAUUGCAUCUUUCCAACAAUUUAUCCCACAUGAUUUUGAUGCCAGUGACCAUGGGACUUCAAGUUUCCCAGUUGCCUCUGUUCAUCGAAUUGGGAUUUUGGACAUUAGGAUUUUCAACACAGAUAGGCAUGCUGGGAAUCUUCUAGUAAGGAACCUAGACGGUGUUGGGAGAUUUGAUCAAGUGGAACUCAUUCCAAUUGAUCAUGGCCUUUGCCUGCCAGAAAGUUUGGAGGACCCGUAUUUUGAAUGGAUCCAUUGGCCUCAGGCUUCAAUUCCAUUUUCAGAGGAUGAGCUUGAGUAUAUAGAAAAUCUUAAUCCUUUUGAUGACUCUCAGAAGCUUCGAAGUGAGCUCCCUAUUUUUCGAGAGGCUUGCCUGCGGGUGUUGGUUCUCUGUACAAUUUUUCUCAAGAAAGCUGCUGCUUCUGGGCUCUGCCUUGCGGAGAUUGGUGAGAUGAUGAGUAGGGAGUUUCGUUGUGGCGAGGAGGAACCGAGUGAGCUUGAGGUUGUAUGCAUUGAGUCAAAGAAGCUGAUAAUAGAGAGGCAAAUCUUAUCCCCCAAGGCUGGAUCAGGAGAUGAUGAGUUUCAAUUUGAUAUUGACUGUGAAGAAGCAGAAUCCGAUUUCACUUCGAAAAUGCCAUCAGAUGACUUCUUGACCAGAGCACCAUUCAAUUUGGGAUUUUUAGGUGGUAAUGGCCGUUGUACACUUUCCAAACUGGAGGAAAGUAUCAAGGAAGAGGAAGAGGUGGCAAGUGAAGAAGAAGAGGAAAAUGGAUUUGUCGGCUGCCAGCCUCUGCGUGAAAAGAUCCCCACCCUUUCAAAGCUAUCGAUUUCCCUCAAGAAUACCAGUUUAGCUGAGAAGAAUCAGAAAACCAUGAAAUCUCCCGGAUCGAAAUUAGAACAUGGGUAUCUGACAAGUUCAUCAUCCGGGCACAGGAGUGCAAACGAGCAACUUCCCUCAAGCGCGAGCUUUGUGAAGUUAGCAGACAUGAAUGAGGAUGAAUGGUCAAUGUUUUUAGAAAAGUUCCAAGAGCUGCUAACCCCAGCUUUUGCCAAGCGCAAGUCUGUGACUUCUGGGCAGAGGCAGAGACAGAGGCUCGGGACUUCGUGCCAGUUUUGAGUGUUAGGGUAAUAAUUACUAUAAUGUUGGUAGAAGAGAGAAGAGGACUGAAGAUGAGGAAUAAGAGGACUGCAAGGUUUGUGGCAGUGAAGGAUUCUUAGGGUAGGCUUUUGGUUUUUAUGGUUUUUUUUUCUCCGCAGAAGCUUGUCGUAGUAGGGAGGAGAAACAAAUUAGAGUGCUGUAAAUAUUCUUUUCAAGGAAGCUGAGUAGUAGCAUGCAUGCCUUAAUUUUUUUUUUCUUUUGUGUUAAUGUUUUCAUUUUUUUUCUUUCACUCCUUGUGUACUUGUUUGAUAAAUAAUUUUAGAAUGGAAAAUCCAAAAAGAAGAAAAAAAUGAUGUGUAAAUAUUGUGAGAUUGCAUGAAUGGAGCUAGACAGGCAGUGCCAAAUUGUUGGGAUAAA